CUGAAUUCAGUAAUAGCUGACGACAUGUUCUGCAUCAUUAUAUACAACCUAUCAAAUCUGAUAAACUUCACUUGAUCGUACAGGUGACUUACUGGGCCGCUGAAGCACAGCCUACGUGGUUAGAUUCUGAUGUUGACGGUGAUGUAUCUAAUUGUGUCGAACUACUUCAUUAACAUCUAAAUAGUAAUGAAACGUACUUGGAAACUGGCUAGGCGACUCUGUCAAACGACCGAAAUUUCGGAUACUGUACGUGGGAUUGUACGGGAUCCCGUUAUUACUCGCCAGGUUUUUGCAUCAUCAAAGUAUAAAAAUCAGUAGAAAACUGUUUAAAUAUAUAGUUCAGUGUCCCAUUUCUGAACUUUUUGUAAGUAAUUCUUGAUAGACUUCAAAGAAACUAGCUUGGAAAAAUGAAGUCUCAUUUCAUUUGAGCAGAAACGCAUGUUACGGUAUGUGAAAAUGAAGUAUUUCCAGAUAACUUACUAGAUAAUAUUAUUGUGUCCAUAGUGGAGCACUUAACGUUUUUACCAUCAUUAUUGUCACUUAUCAUUUAAUACUACAUAUCUGCUUCACACAAUGAUCUUAAUUCUUCAUCUAGGUGAUACAAUGAAUUCAUUAAAGCAUGAACAUCGACUACUUAUCGAUGAACUAACGGAGGCAAUCUAUGAUGCUUUAGAUUCUGAUGGUAUCUUUGAUAUCAUUUUCGCAUUUGUGGAAAGCAAAUAUCAAGCUGAAUUAAAAGAUGUAAAUAAUCCUAAACUUAGACUUCAUAUAAUCCAGCAAAGAUUUUCUUUGGCUUUGGAAGAAUGCGGUUUGAUCGAUGAAAUAAUCAAAAGUUUUCCAGAACUUAAUCUGAACGCACGCUUGGAUGAGCUUAAAAAGGAGCAAUCAACUUUACAAAGUAAUAUAUUGGAAUUGAAUGGGAAGAUUGAUGCCAUAGUUGAUGAAAUGACAAGACUCCAGAUAAAUUCUUUUGGUCGCGUUCUGCGUUUAUUUGAUAAUCGUGUAAUUGAUUUAGCCAAGGACGAGGAAGAGAUUGUUGUUAUUGAGAAACCGAAUAAUCGAAUUCUGGAAUCAACGAUAAAUCACUCCAGUGCUCCUGUUUGGAGAACAUUACAGCCGUCAGAGUUACUACUUGGGUUACAACUCACACCAUCUCAACCAGUCUUAUACCGUAAAACACAACAUACAUGGUUUCCCGGUCGUGUGUUAUCAUGUCAUUUGCCUAGUUCAGAUCCCUCUACACCUAAAUCAGAUAAGGAUCGGGCUAAAGAGAAUGAAAAUGCUCAGUACACUAUUGCUUUGGACACAUCUUCAAAGUCAAAAUCAGAGAUUUGUUUUGCCGUAACUUCAUCAUUAGCCCUAGCUUUUUCUGCAUCCGAAUUAAAACAGAAGUAUCCAGUCGGUGCCCGUGUCGUUUCAAUAUAUCGAGAUGAUACCGGUGGAAUCGGUUAUUAUUCCGGUUUGAUUGCUGAACCUCCAAGUGAACGAAAUAAUCAGAGGUAUUUAUUAUUCUUUGAUGAUGGUUAUACGCAAUAUUCACCACCGAAUGAAAUUUAUCGCAUAUGUCACCAAUCGAAAGAAAAUUGGAAAGAAGCCACUGAAUCAUCUCAAGAAUUCAUUAAACGUUAUUUGGCUCAGUAUCCUCAGCGUCCCAUGGUUAGGCUGAAACCUGGACAGAUUGUUGAAACUGAAUUGGAUGGUGAUUGGAUGAAGGCAACUGUGGAGAAAGUUGAUGCAAGUUUAGCUCUUAUGAAGUUCUCUAGAACCCAUUCUGAAUGGAUUUAUCGUGGCUCCACGCGCCUGGAACCACUUUUCAGUGAUUUGCUUACUAGUCAAAGCAAGAGUGUACCAACUCAUAAUCAACGAGUAGAAGUUGAGUACAGUAGUGUGGAUGUUCCAUUAGACUCAAGUGCUAAACGUCGUAAAGCUCGUAAGUCGGCUACAGGCAAUCAAAAUGCUGUUGUACCAGUCCGUGCAUUGUCUAAUGGUGAUUCGCACAAAAUUAGUAAUAGUAUUCAUCAAACUAAUAAAUCAUUAAAUUAUAAUGAUGAAGCAUUAAAAACUAUUUCUAAAAAGAGUUCUGAAAAAUUUAUUAAUGAACAAUGUCUAAGUAUGGAUCCAAUUACUAAUUUGUCUGAAUUGGAAUCAACUGGUACCAAAACAAGCUAUUUAGAUAAUUUAUUUAAAGAAUUCAAUUAUAAACCAUUCGAGACGCAUAAGUGUGGGAAUCAUUGUUUGAAAAGUUACAGAAAACCAUCUAGCUCACUGUCUCCAAUUUUGUGCUCAGAGAAUCCUAUGGAUUACAAAGGUUUGAAUCCGUUGGAAAUUCCAUUCCGUUGCGGUUGGUUGAGAUAUCUAGCAAAAUAUGAUCCACCAGUCAAUAACAAAUGUAAUAUUAUAUAUAGUGCACCAUGUGGUCGUUCAUUGAGAUCAAUGCAUGAAGUAGAACGAUUCUUAGACAAAACUAAUAGUCAGUUGACUGCGGAUCUAUUCUCGUUCGAUUCUACGCUGAUAAUUAAUCAAGAAUUUCGUGCGGAAAAAACACUUACCAAUAUUGUGGAUUUAUCAUAUGGUAAAGAAAAUGUUCCAAUUCCUUGUGUAAAUAGUGUAGAUAAUGAAGUCCCUGGCUAUAUUGAUUAUACUCCUCAAAGACAACCUAUUGGUAAUGUACCCUUAUUGAAAGAUUCUAAAUUUCUUGUUUGUUGCGAUUGUACGGAUAAUUGCCGUGAUCGAACUAAGUGCGCAUGUCAGCAGUUGACUAUUGAGGCCAGUUCUUUAACAAAUCCAAAUGGUUUGGUGGACAGUCAAGCUGGUUAUCGCUAUCGUCGGUUGUCACAAUUUACUGUUGGCGGAGUGUAUGAAUGUAAUUCGAAUUGUCAAUGUGAUCGUCGAUGUAGCAAUCGAGUGGUCCAACAAGGAUUGUGGGUUAAACUUCAAGUGUUCAAAACUGCUCGCAAGGGUUGGGGUAUCCGUGCUUUAAAUGCAAUUCCCAAAGGUACAUUUAUAUGUACUUAUGCAGGAGCUAUUUAUGAUGAAGCCAUGGCUGUUCAGGAAGGCUUUGAUUGUGGCGAUGAAUAUCAAGCUGAAUUAGAUUACAUUGAAACAGUUGAAAAAGACAAAGAAGGUUAUGAGUCUACGGUUGAAGAUUUAAGUGAAAUACUAAAUGAGACAACAAUUGCUCUUAGUGAUACCAAAAAAUUUACUGAUGAAAAUAAAGUGUCACACAUUUCUACUAUAACUGAUCAACGGGUUCAUUCUUCUCGUAGCAACAGUACUACCACGAGCAAUAAUACACCUAUCGAUAAUUAUAAGGAUGAAUCUGAAUCGGAUAAUAGGCGAAAUACAAGCAGUGCAACUUCACCUGUAUCAGAAUCAACAGCCAUUGAUGUUGACGAGAAUGAUGAUGAUGAUGUUGAUAAUAAUUAUGAUGAUAAGACAAGUCGAAGCAGUGAAAUAAGCAGUAAUUCGUCUAGUCGUAAUGCACUAAAUUCAACAAAACCAUUAUUGUUGAAUAGAAAUUACGACAGCAGUGAGUCGUGUUUGAACACAGAUAAUGAUUUAACACAGACUAGUGUUCAACAGACUCACAAUUCUGUUAGUGUUCGUAUUAAGAAAAAGAAACACAAAAAGGAGGAGAAAAGGAAACAGAAAAAAAGAAUUUCAUUACCUCCAAUAUAUUCAAAACUUACCGAAAACCCUACUAGUAAAAUAUCAGAUAAAUAUAUUCAGAAUAUUUCUUCAACGUUAAACACUAAAGAAAUACAUAAUGAUAUCAUGAAUGAUUCACCGGAACGCCCUAGAACAAAGCACAACUCACCUCUACCAUAUAUCUCUGGUGAUUUAGAACAGACAAGUAGCCUAAUAACCUAUCCUGAUGUACAGUGUGGAGAUACCAAUCAAGUUAUCCCAUCAUCUGUUGACCUAUGUAGUGAAAUACUGGACUCGUCUAAUUUGUCACAUGUUGUCUAUAGUGAAGCUGGCAAAAAUGAAAAUAAUUUAUCAGAUAACACAAUAUCUAGUAUUCAAAGUCAAUCUAAAAAUCCUAAAGUGAAUAUAAUUUUUAAUGGAAAUAACAAUGAACAAAUUGCAUCGAUUAGAUCUCGAUGCACUGUACAAGAUGUGAUUCAAGAAAUAUCUGAAACUAUUAUUCCAACAAAAAAUAGCCUGGAAAAACCAAAAACUAUUGAAUUGUCAAACAUUUCAAAUCAAUCAUCACACUCCAGUUUAAAUGAUACUCAGUCAAAGGCUUUAGUUACCAGUUUACCACGUAGUUUUCGAUUAUUACUUAAUGCUAGACAAUUAUUACGUGAAUCGGAUUUCAGUCGUAUACCAGUAGUACAUUUAUGUCGUUUAGAAAAUGACAUUAAACAAGAAGACCAUGAUAUAGAAAUGAAAAACGUAAUAAUCAAUAGUGAUGAUACAAAGUCUUCAAAUGAUGAUUCAAAGCCUAAAUUUGAAUUACCAGUUGAAGUAAAGGAAGACGUUAAAAAUGAACAUUGUGAUAGUUCAACAAAUAGUGGUGAUUCAAAGAAGGAUCUUAAAAUUUCAAAAGUUGACACUUUAGAAAAUGAUUCCCAGUUAGAAACAAUUGGUGAUACAUCGAAAGUCACUUCAGUAUCUGCGAAUUCAUCAUCACAUAAGCAUCAAGGUAGCCUUAAAUUAAGACUUCGACGUGUCCGUUCAACAAGUUCAUUUAAAGCUGUACGUCCCUCUACCCCACCAAUAAGCAAGGAAAUUUCAAAAUCUGGAAAAAGUUUGUCUGAAAUUGAUGAGAAGAACAAUCGAGUUGCUAGAGAAUUACGCAGACGUGAUAAAAUUCAACGUUCAGCUAGUUUAGAACCUGAAACCAAGGAUAGAAAACCACUAGAACGUUCAAAAUCACAUCGGAAAGACAGUGAAAGACAACAUCGUCGCCAACACCAUCAUCAUCAUCACCAUAGAAAUCAUCGACAACAACAGUUUCAACAGCUAUCACAGUCUCAUCAACAAAAUCAACAACAAACUAAACGUAUGUAUCCUGUUGCUCAAAAAGACUGGCUACGAGCAAGAACAUAUUUUGAUGAUAUCAAUCCAUAUAUUAUGGAUGCUAAGAAAAUGGGAAAUCUUGGACGCUAUUUUAACCAUUCAUGCAAUCCAAAUGUAUUUGUUCAAAAUGUAUUCAUUGAUACACAUGAUCCUCGAUUUCCUGAAGUUGCUUUCUUUGCAAAACGGAAUAUAGACGUUGGAGAAGAAAUGACUUGGGACUAUGGGUAUACUGUUGAUGCAGUACCAUUUAAAGUGCUCUACUGUUAUUGUGGUGAACCUAACUGUCGAAUAAGACUCUUGUAA